AUGAUGCAGAAAUAUUUCGAAAUAGAAAAUCAUACUUUUCAUUAAAUGUACAAGUUGUGGCCAAUGCUAAUAAAGAAAUAAUUGACAUCGUAGCUCGAUGGCCAGGUUCAGUUCACGAUUCAACAACAGUUUUUCAGAACAGUAAUUUAAGAAUGCUAGUUGAAACACGCUAUUUUCACAACUGCUUAUUAUUAGGUGAUAGUGCAUAUCCUGCAAAACCUUAUUUAUUUACACCGUUAUUAAUCCCUGAAAGUCGUGCCCAACAAUUAUAUAACCAGUCACAAAUUCAAACAAGAACCGUAGUAGAACACACAUUUGGUAUUUGGAAACGUAGAUUUCCAAUAUUAGCAUAUGGAAGUCGUUUAAAGAUCAGAACAGUAAUGACAAUAAUAAUAGCAACUGCUGUAUUGCAUAAUAUAGCACAACGUCGAAAGGAAGACAUGCCUCCUACUGAUGAUGAAGAUGCAAAUAUUUUAGAAAAUAUUAUUGUAGAUAAUAAUGUAAUAAACCUUCCUCAUCCUCAAAAUCAAGCAGGAAAUGCUGGUCUAGUAGCACGUAAUAUUUCAAUUAAUGAAUAUUUUAACAACUUAAACACCAGUAUGCUAUAA